AUGUUGUGUGCUUUGGCCGUUUUCUCCCUUGUCGUCGGCAUCUUCGUCUCCUGGAUUCGCUUUCGAGCCAAGCAGCUGCCUGUGGAUGUAUCGCGCAAUGUGCUCUUUGUUACUGCCCACCCCGAUGACGAGUUGAUGUUCUUCGGACCGACGCUACUUUCGGAGAUACGAGCCCGCGCCGAGCGUCCGGGCGUCACCUCUACAAAGGUACACUUACUUUGCCUCUCGCAGGGUGAUUUUUACGGCGAUGGACAUAGGCGAGGAAAGGAGCUUGCUGACGCCUGUCUCUAUCUGUGCGGCGACACCAAACGCCAUGCGGACGUGUUUCGGUUAGAAGUGCUCAAUGAUGAGCACCUUCCCGACUCGCCUGACGUUAACUGGCCAGCUGAAGCAGUGAUAAAGCAUGUUGUGGAGUACAUCAGCGAGCACGAGAUUACCAAGGUGAUCACCUUUGACGCGUCUGGCGUCAGCUGUCACCCCAAUCACCAGGCCAUUCACCACGCGUUCAGCCAGCUGAAGGCCAAGUACAUUCCAACUGCAGUUGAACUUUGGCAGCUGCAGACAGUGCCUCUCUGGCGCAAGUAUUCCUCCUGGCUAGACGUACUCUUUACGUCUCUCCUUCAACAGCCCACCGACCGGCGGAGAACUUUGCCCAUUCACCUGCUCACAUUCAGCGAGUACCUGCACCUCUUCCAGUCGCUUCGCCGACACCGCAGUCAGAUGCUCUGGUUUCGCUACCUCUACGCCGCCACCUCGCGAUACAUGCUCAUCAACAGUCUAACUCAGUUAGACUAA